UCACUCAUUCGCGCAGGCGCAAAUUAACAACAGCGGUCAGGCCAGCAAAAGGCUAUUACGGUACUCUUUAUUCAGGAAGGGUCGCUGCGCAGAUUUCCUUGUGUGUGCGCUUGUGUGUAUCUGUUUGAUUGCGGGACUGAGACGAAGGGGCGUAGCCUCGGCUAUGGCAGGCCCGCGCGGGUGGUUGUUGUCAGUCCCUGGCAGCGGGUUAUGGCGACGGCGGUGGUGAAUGAAUUCUCCGGGCGGGAGAGGGAAGAAAAAGGGCUUAGCCGCCUCCAGUUCCCCGACUCGGGCCGCCGGAACCUCCUCUUCAUCCGCGGCCGGGUCGGCGCCUUCGGUCCAACACCACCAGCAGGCGGCGGUGGCUUCUCCUCACAAGCGGAAUCUCUUCUACUUCUCGUACCCGCUCUUCGCCGUCUUCGCCCUGCUCCGCUUCCUGGCCUUCCAGCUCGGGCUGCUCUUCGCCUGGCUCUGUGAGCGCCUCUCCCGUGGCGGGGUGGUCAUGGCAGCGGCCAAAGGCACCAACAGGGCCGGGCCCGGGGACGCUGCCGAGACGGUGCGAGCUUGUCACAAGCGCGCCUUCGAAUGCAUCUCCGCGGCACUGCGCAUUGAUGAAGACGAGACGGCAGGACAAAAGGAACAAGCUGUUGAAUGGUACAGAAAGGGGAUUGAAGAACUGGAGAAAGGAAUAGCUGUUCUAGUUACUGGUCAAGGAGAUCAUUGUGAAAGAGCUCGCCGUCUCCAGUCUAAAAUGAUGACAAAUUUGGCAAUGGCCAAGGACCGUUUGCAGCUGUUAGAGAAGAUGCAGGCAGUUAAGCAAAUCCCCAAGCUGCAAAUGGAAGUCAGUAGUGACAGUACUAACCUGGUAUGCCGCAAUGGACAUCUCCAGUCAGAAAGUGGAACUGUUCCAAAAAAGAAGGACCCAUUGACUCAAACUAGUAACUCCCUUCCUCGGUCAAAAUCUGUGGCAAAAGCUGGAUCCGUGGGCCUUUCAGGGCACCAAAGGACACCUAGUAAUAGUGGAAUAUCCAAUUUUUCUGUACCUAGACAGGGAACUGUUCCUGUAACUUCAACUCAGAAGACUACUCCAAAAAAUAAUAGAGCCAACAAGCCUUCUACUCCUACAACCGCCGUGCGAAAAAAGAAAGACGCAAAGAUUUUUAGAAAUGUGGAUAGUAAUCUUGCUAAUCUUAUACUCAAUGAAAUAGUAGACAGUGGGCCAUCUGUCAAAUUUGAUGAUAUUGCUGGGCAGGAGCUGGCUAAGCAGGCGCUGCAAGAAAUUGUUAUCCUUCCUUCACUUAGACCCGAGUUAUUUACAGGGCUUAGGGCUCCUGCACGUGGAUUAUUGUUGUUUGGCCCGCCAGGAAAUGGAAAGACGAUGCUGGCCAAAGCAGUGGCUGCAGAAUCAAAUUCAACCUUCUUUAACAUAAGUGCUGCAAGUCUAACAUCAAAAUACGUUGGUGAAGGGGAGAAACUAGUGCGUGCUCUUUUUGCAGUAGCCAGAGAACUUCAGCCUUCUAUAAUUUUUAUAGAUGAAGUGGAUAGCCUGUUAUGUGAAAGAAGAGAAGGCGAACAUGAUGCUAGUAGACGUUUAAAAACAGAAUUUUUAAUAGAGUUUGAUGGUGUACAGUCUUCGGGAGAAGACCGAAUACUUGUAAUGGGAGCAACUAACAGGCCGCAAGAGCUUGAUGAUGCUGUUCUCAGGCGAUUCACCAAACGAGUGUAUGUAUCUUUACCGAAUGAAGAGACACGGCUGCUUUUACUAAAAAAUCUCUUGAGCAAGCAAGGAAAUCCAUUAACCCAAAAAGAGUUGGCACAGCUAGCUAGAAUGACAGAGGGAUACUCAGGGAGUGACCUAACAGCAUUAGCAAAAGAUGCAGCAUUGGGCCCUAUACGAGAGCUAAAACCAGAGCAAGUGAAGAACAUGGCUGCCAGUGAGAUGAGGAACAUCAAAUUGUCAGACUUCACUGAGUCCCUGAAGAAAAUAAAACGCAGUCUUAGCCCUCAGACCCUGGAAGCUUAUAUUCGCUGGAACAAGGACUUUGGAGACACAACAGUUUGAUAUGCAGCUUUGUCAAAGGGAGGGAAGAAUGUUGCCACCAAGGGACAGUUGAUGCAAACUGCUGCUGCAUUAUGACCAGUGUUUACAAGACUUUACAGAUUUCUAAAUACCUGCACUAAAACAAGAGACUGAUUUAAGAAAAAAAAUGAAUAGAAAUGAGUUGAUGAACAUCUCAUAAAUCUUAACAUCUGGAUUUGCAGAGCCCAAAGGGCACUGUAAGAUAGAGCACAAUAUGACAUGGGGGAAGAACUCUAGCAAUCGAACAAUGGUAGGGAAUAUAAUUUGUAUAUUUUGUUGCUGAAGUAUUCCAGUAAGAUUAUCAGUUGGGAAAGCUUUUUAUUGCUCAUGACAUUUACUUUUGCUUAGUUCCUGUUAAUCACUAAUUGUAAGAGUCUGAUUCUUUUUUUUACUAUGUACCAAUAAUGUGCCAAAUAAAAAUACUCCUUAUGUAUCAGUUAGGAUAGCAUUGUGAAUGCUGGGAUACAAAGCAAGUAGUCUGCUGCCCCUUGUUCUGAUGGACCUACAGUCAACAAAAUAACUUAGAAAGCUUUCUUUCAUAGCAGAACAGUAAUGACCAGUACAACCAAAUAAAAUACCAAAUGGCUUAAAGUUGCCAAUCAUACAUGAUUCACUUUCUGCAAUGCUUGUCUAAUGUAUUUAUAUAAAGUUUCUGUGGUAGGAUACUUGUUCUUAUAUUGUACACUCGCAGACUAAGAGUAAGUAAGGGUAAAGAUAUUAACUGUGAAACGAACUGCAGUAUUUCUCUUUGGUGUUAACUUUAUAUUUACAAUUACUGAAAGCUAGACAAGUUUAUUCUCUAGUGAUUUUCUAAUCUAUGCAGGUAAUCAUGACUGUGGUUACUUGUUUAAUUGCAUUAGACUUUUAUAUUCAUGUGCUUCAGUUUGUAGGGACACAACUGACUUUUGUACAUUUUCAUCAUAUAAAUAUAAAAAGAGACUCCAUUUUUGAUCACUUGAUGGCAAUUGUGGGGAGGAUAGAAACGAAGAAAAAAUAGAAAUUCUGUUGUGAAUAAAUGUACACAUUCAUUCUCAGUC